AUGACGAUUAAUCCAGUGCGGCCCACACCCACCGAACGUUUUUGUAUCACUUUCAUCGGUGGAGGACAUCUGGCUCAAGCCAUGAUCCAAGGCAUCUUGAGCAGCGAAAAGGCAAAAGAAGUGGACAGGAUCGCCAUUACAGCUCGUCGUUCCGACCGUGCACGAGAAUUGAAGGCGAAAUUCCCAGAUGCGCUGGUGACUCUGGAUAAUCUUGACCCAGACCUCUGGGCUCCGAUUACAUCGCACACGGUUUUUGUUUGCACUCGACCUGCCGACGUGCCGGGUAUAUUCACCCAGCUGAGCAAUCUUCUUGUGACACUGGAUCCAACAAUCAGACCCACUCUCGUAACAAUGUGCCCAGGGGUUCGAAUUGCUCAGUUGGAAGAGCGGUUGCCCGCGAACAGCGCCAUUAUUCGAUCUAUGCCCAAUACACCGCUGGAAGUCGGCGAGGGAGCUACUGCACUAUGUGCCAAUCCUGGUGCUUCUGGUCGAGUUAACCAUGUUGCUGCUAUAUUCCAGACCAUCUGUCCUGUUGUGCGUGUAGUAGAGGAGCACUUGUUGGAUGUGGUGGCUGCGGUGGCUGGGUCGGCACCUGCUUAUUUCUACUAUCUGAUUGAAUCCCUGGUGGCUGCUGCGGGGGCCCAUGGCUUGUCUCCUGACAUUGCAGAAGCGAUGAUUACUCAAUCAUGUAUCGGAGCUGGAGUUUUGGCGCGAGCUGCAAAUCGGUCGGUCGAGUCGUUGCGCCAGGAAGUGUGCGUCCCUGGAGGGAGUACAGAGAAAGCAAUCCUCAACCUCCGGAAGGGCGAUCUCCCAGGCAUAGUACAAUCCAGUGUUGAGAAAAGCAUACAGGCAAACCGAGCAAUGGGAGAGAUUGGAGAGGCCGAGGAAUAG